CGGGUAAUUUAUUAGUAUGGGAUCCAAAUAUAAUUGAUCAACAAUUAUUCAAAGAAAAUAAAGAAGAUUAUAUUCGUAGUACAAUGAGAGACAAUAUGCAAUUAUUUGUUAAUGCAUUAUGGAAGUUGCCGAUAGAACGUAAAGAUGAUGUUAUUGUGGCUAAAUUACCAGAAGCAAAAACAAAUGUACCAAGAGCAAAACCACUUCCAAAACCAAAACCAUUAACAAAAUGGCAAAAAUUUGCACAAAGUAAAGGAAUUGUUAAACAUAAAAAGGAUAAAUUUGAAUGGGAUGAAGCUAAUAAAGAAUGGAGAAGACGAUAUGGAUAUAAAAAAGCAAAUGAUGAUUCAAAAGAUUGGGUUAUUGAAUUACCAGGAAAUGCUGAAGCAGCCGUGACAAUUAUGACUGUUUCUCUCAAAUAUUGUUUAUUUCAUUUACUAACUCUAACAUCGUUCAAUCAUUAA